GACCCUCCACCCCGUUCCCAUCCUGCCGCCCUCCUGCAGGACACGGACAUCCAGAAGAAGAUCGACCAUGAGAUCCGGAUGCGGGAGGGCACCUGCAAGCUGCUGGCAGCCUGCACACAGCGCGAGCAGGCGCUGGAGGCCACCAAGAGCCUGCUGGUCUGCAACAGCCGCAUCCUGGCCUACAUGUCGGAGCUGCAGCGCAUGAAGGAGGUGCAGGUGAUGCAGCGCGUGGCCAGGCG